AUGGAUAUUGAAAGCGAAGAUAUAGCAGAGCUGCGCCGCAUCAUCUUAGAGCAGCGUCGCGCUCUCUCAGAAGAGCGUCGUGCUCGCUCAGAAGAGCGUCGUGCUCGCUCAGAGGAGCGUCGCGCUCUCUUGGCCGACACGAAUGCAGUCGUUGAAGGAUUACGACGGGAGAACUUGGAACUUUCUCGUGCUCAACUGGACAUGCCUCUCGAUGAUUAUCUCCUCCAUAUUCACCGCGUCAGUUUCCAGAUGUGCCGUCUGCUUCCUAUACCACAAUCAUCCGCCGUACCUACGACCCUAUCUGAAGGCCAGAAAGCGAAGCCCGCGACUUCGGGCACAACAAGCAUCGUGGGAAAAUAUUACCCGCGGAGGCUGCGUAUCUGGGCCGAUUUCGAACGGCUUUACCGUGCAGCCUUUGACCGGCUGCAUGCGGCCCUCGGCAACCAGGCGUUGUUUCCCUCCAUUGCGGACGUCAAUUUGCUCGAGAAAGGGCUAAGAGAGGAUCUUCCUCUCGAGUUCUUAGGCUCAGACGCUUUUGUUAAUGAGGGCAAGACGUCGCAUUUUGUGCAUGAAACACUAGAGAAGCCGGCUCAGAGAAUACUCAAUGCUUACUUAAACACCACUGACACAAACAAGACUCUAUAUUUUGACAGCCGUACAGCAGGAUGCCGUGUCGAAAAUUCCGUCGUCAUUGACGACACUGCGGCGGAGGGAGAGGGGGCACCUGUCACUUUUGUUGCUGUUACUCGGCCACCGCCGAAAACACGUCCCGACUGUCUCGUGCUUUGUGCCGACACCAACAUUGGUGACGAGACCAUGCUGUCCUUAGUAUCGGCAGAACCAGAAUCUAUCGAGCCCGUUCCCGUCGCCGACGUCGAGUCUGGCCAGGCUCUUGUCGACAAUUCUUUCCAAAACGUGCGCAACGUCCAUCGCAUCACGCUGGCGGAGCACAAGAUGGUGACGCGUCUACGAGCCACGACUGUUUCUAGCUACGCCAAUGGCCAGAUGGAUGAAGAUUUUGUUGUUCAGCUUGCGCGCGCUGCCCGCACACGCUCGACGGCAGAGGCACAAGAGGAUGCCGCCCGAGAGUUUAGCCGCGGCAAGCCAGGACAGGAUCCGUCAACACUGCUUUACCACACUGCGCUUUUCCCCGAGUACACUCGUCGGCAGAUUGACCCCGCCGGCCGCGUCAUUGCCUCCACGCCGGAUGCAACUCUGUCAGUCACGACGCCGGUUCACGAGCGAGCAGAUCUGCGUGUGCUGGCCCUGUCGAUGCUAUCUGCAGUUGCCUUGAUGGCCUUCGAGUCCCGCCCGGAGCCUGCACGUCUGCGGAGCAUCAACAUUUCGCAGCUGCCCAUGUUCCCUGAUGAGGCAGCACCUGAGUCGUCUAUACCCUCGUUGUCAUCGCGGGCAACAUCACGCCAGCCAUCGACCCGACGGAGCAGCGAAGGGCCGGACCAUCGCAAGCGAGGAAACGAAGACAGUCGUGAUGACGACCAUUACGGGAAUGAUGGCGAUCGGACGCGCGGACGGCUUGCAGUUCCUGCAUAUCGACCGCGUCAGUCAUCUCCAUUGAAACGCCAGCGGUCUGAAUCCGGCCAUGCAGAAAGGGGCGCAGAGGCGUGGAAAGAAUUAGGGAAAUUCGAGAAGUUGGAAGGAAUCAGUGAAUGGGAAGAUCGAAAGAGACCGGAACAAGCAGAUGACGACAACGAAGAGCAAUUCCGCGGCCGAAAGCGCCGAUGUGUAGUUGGUCUACAAUACAUCUCCAAAAGAAGCGGCCUUCCCUUGGGACCGACCCUCCCGAGCACACUAGAUCCAUCAACUUUUCGACCGAUCCGGCCGUACUGCACGCAGGCAUGUCUACGGAGUCUCGUGCAGGGUGGUGACCUCGACUACGACUGUCCCAAUGCAGUAAUUCACGCCCAUGCACUCCGCCGUGAUGGCGUCGACCUGCGACAACGGCCAAGGAGACAUGCGCUGACAGGAGAAGAGCUAUGUGAUUUGGUUCGGCUGCAGGUCCUAAGCAACUCAGAGCAGGACUGUGCUUGCCUCAUCGACGACGGCUUCUCUGGCGCCAUUGGAUCCUUGUUCAAGAUCACUGUGACGGGGUACGGAUAUACAUUCGUGGGCAAAGGCGUUCAAAAGUUCCACAGUCGCCGUCUGGGUCGUGAGGUCGACAUUUACGACGGCCUAGCAGCCCAGCAGGGUGUCUGCAUCCCCGUCUGUCUCGGCCUGGUCCAGCUCUUGUUGCCGUACCCCAUGGCAAACUGCACGCUAGUGACUCAUCUGCUUCUCAUGUCGUAUGCUGGGCCGCCGCUGUACCGUGUGAUUCGUGUGCACGGCGUCGAUGUGGAGCGCGAGACAGAACGCACAAUGGCCGAAUUGGAGUCUCUUGGACUUGUGGACAAUGACGACGAGAGCAACGGCAACCUAACAUGCCUAAGCAACCCGAAGAGCCGGACGCUGGCCACGGCGGCAAUCUAG